GACUGAAAGGGAAGGAAGAAAACUGCAUGUCCUCAGCUGCAUCUUCUGAAGAAAGACAGAAACAUUGCUGCGCACAACCAGAAACACGAGAGCACACAUCAACACUCUCCUGUGGUCAUCACGAGUAUCUUAUCGCUUCCAAUUCAGUAGAGAGAACGGUUGAUAAAUUCAGAACUGAAACACGACGGAAAGCACUACCCCAGUCCGACGCAACCGGAGCAACCCCAAACCCAGCUUGCUUCAGCUAAGAAUCGUUGCAGCAAUCCCACCCAAUUUUGUUUCAGACGAUGAACCGCCGUACAAUACCUGACGGAUCUUCUCGGGCAUUAUGGCUUCUUCUAUUCCUGGGUAUAUACCGUGUACACAAAACAAAUGCGUUUACCGCAAAUACACGAAAUCAAUGCCAAACGCUCCACGAGGGCAGAUCUUCCCGUGGACCCUUGCAGCGACUCUUUGUCGCCACGACGAAAGCAAGCGACAGUGCAGGUGCCUCGGGCGUACAGCGACAGAAACAGCAAAAUUCCCAGUCGCCACAGCAACUGUCACCCACAAACCAUGACGACGAUCUUUUUUACGACGAGAACGCGAACAUGUCGCCUCGGCUGCUGAAGGCAAAAAUCCUCCUCGAUCAGCUGACGGCCAUGGAAGACCAAGAGCCCAGCCUCGCCGAUGCAGCGGCAAAGAACAACGGGAGUGACAGCCAGGACGACGAGAGCACGGUCGUUGUUCCCGACACGGUCUGGUCCAACGGAUUGCUGGACGGGUCGGACUUUGUCACGCGGUACGCCUUUCGACAGGGCGUCAAGAUUGCCGAGCCCCUGGUGAAAUACGAUCCCGUAGCGGCAGAGAAGAAUCUCUUCCAGCAACCCAAUCGAUGGUUCGUCCGAAACGUACAGAUUGCCGGUCCCCUGGGGUUGUGGGCCGUUGGUGUGGUCCAGGAUUAUUUGAUCUCGCAGUCGUCUUCUUCGUCCGGAACCAGUGCCGCUGCCAAGAAACAAGCGGAUGCCUCUCGGCGCCGCAAGAGGGCCAUACAGCUCCGCAAGGCCAUUUCCAACCUGGGACCGGCAAUCAUUAAGGCCGGCAAGGCGCUGGCAUCCCGACCGGAUCUAUUGCCAUCGGAGUACCUCGAGGAACUCCAGAAGCUGCAGGACGACGUCCCCCGCUUUAGCAACGAGCUGGCAUUUCGAACCGUCGAAGAGGAGCUGGGAGUGGAAAAUUUUAGCGAUGUCUUUGACUUGGAGGAAGACGAACCAAUCGCGGCGGCCUCGAUCGGACAGGUAUACAAGGGGCGCCUGAAGGCAAACGGAGAUCUGGUGGCCAUCAAGAUCCAGAGGCCCAACUGCGAAGAGAUCAUCGCUCUCGAUUUGUACAUUUUGCGGUGGUGGUCUGGCAUCUACAACAAGAUUUUUCAGCUUUUGAACCGGGACAUCAACGUCCAGUCCAUCAUUGACGAUUUUGGAGAGCUUAUUUACCGAGAAAUUGACUACGUUGCAGAAGCUGCCAACGCCCAGCGUUUCAAUGAACUCUACGCGAGUGUCGCCGAGCAGGUCUUUGUUCCCAAGGUGUACUCGGAUCUGACGACCCGCAAGGUCCUUGUAAUGGAAUGGGUAGACGGCUGUCGGUUGACCGAUUCGGACCGCAUGCAACAGUUCGGCCUCGACAAGUCCAAGCUGGUGGAUACACUGGUUCAGUCGUCGAUCAGGCAGAUUCUGGAAAACGGUACGUAGUUGAUGUCGCUAAGUCAGUCGUAUCGUUUUGUAAACAAUCAAGUUGAAGAUAUGUCAUCGAAAACGAUAGUUUGAAAUAGUGGAAACAAGAAAGAUGUUUUUGCCAUUUAACUCAUCGGUUUGGUUUUGCUUUGAUCUUUUUGGUUGUCGAUAGGUUUUUUCCAUGCCGACCCUCACGCCGGAAAUCUAUUGGCCUGUCCCGAUGGGAGGCUUUGCUACCUGGAUUUCGGAAUGAUGUCCUAUGUGGACCGGGCCCAACGGAAUGGAUUUUUGCUUGCUGUCGUGCACAUCGUAAACCGGGAUUGGCCGGAACUGGUGCGAGUCUACAGAAGUUUGGGUUUUAUUCCCAACGACACCGAUGCAAAACCAAUCGAGGUGGCCCUCGAGCGGGCCCUCCCCGAUGUAUUGAACGCCGAUAUCUCCGAGCUCAAUUUCAAGAAUGUGGUCAACAAACUAGGAGAUAUUUUUUACACAUUUCCUUUCUCGUUGCCCCCAUUCUACAUAUCGAUCAUUCGUUGCAUGGGCGUUCUCGAAGGACUGGCCAUUCAGGUCGAUCCGACCUCCAGAAUUAUCAGCGAGGCCUACCCGUACGUAGCAAGUCGGGUCUUGACAGACCCGCAGCAAGAUCUGCAAGAGGCACUGAAGCGGUUGGCCCUAACCAGCGAUGGUCGGGUGCGAUGGAAUCGACUGGAGGGACUCUUGGACGAAGCAAAGGGAUCUUCAGGAUACGACGUUACUUCUGCCCUCAAUCUGCUGACAGAUUAUCUCAUAUCUGAGGAAGGGGACGCGGUUCUCGAUGAUCUGGCGGACGGAAUUGUCCAUGAGGCCGACAAUCUUGGAACGGAAGGCAUUUCCUAUAUUUUAGCGGCUGGACGUGCGCUCGCAAUUAGAGACGAAAUUUCCGCUGUCAACGCGUUCCGUUCGCUCCAAUCCGUGAUCACCCGCGAAAAGAACCUCAACGAGGAGGUCAAGGGCGUUCUUCCGGAACCCACGGAAUCGAUGACGAGAUUCGGAAAAAUCCUGUCGCUCCUAGACAUUGGUGCCGAGACGGACUAUUCGAAACUGGUCCCGAUCGUCCGCAAGCUCGCCCUGGAACCUAAGGUCCAAAAGACCGCAAACGAUGUUACGGCACGACUGGGAGAGCGGGCGCUCAGCAGGACGCUGCGGUCUCUUUUUGGGUUGCCGCCACCUGUAUUUGACGGGAAGGGUACCUCGGCAUCGACUGUCUUCGAGGAAAGUAUGAGUUAAUUUAUUUAUUAAUCUCUCUUAAAUUUUUUGGUUAGAUUUACGAUAUUAAU